UUAAAACACAAAGUUUUCUAACAUUUUCACCCACGAGUGCCUAUUGUUUCUGAUUUCUGAUUGAAAUUCUCAGAGCCAGAGGUUUUCAUGCAGGCAGGUAUAUAAAGGAUAUAAAUGACACAUCUUGAGGUGUUCUAAUAGAUUUGCACACUGCUGUAUGCAUGCAUGUUUAUGUCUCUCUCUGUGUGCGUUUCAGGUUUCUAACUGGUUCGGCAACAAGAGAAUCCGCUACAAGAAGAACAUCGGUAAGUUCCAGGAGGAGGCUAACCUGUACGCCGUUAAAACGGCCGUGGACGCAGCCAGUGUGUCGGCCCAAGCGAGCCAGGCUAACUCACCCGCGACGCCAAAUUCAGGUUCUUCUGCCUCUCAUAACUUGAACUCCAACUCUGGGGACUUGUACUUGACCAUGCACGGCCUCAAUGGGGAUACCUAUCCCAGUUCUCAGGUGACAUCUAACCUGCAGACACAGUCUAACGGCAGCUGGCAGGACGUCACCACCCCUUCCUCUGUGACAUCGCCCCCUGGUGGCCCGGGGAGCGUCCACUCCGACACGUCUAACUGAGAGAUCGAAGAUAAAACUUACAAAAAAAAAAGAAAAAAGCUGAAACAAACAAGAAAACAAACACUCGCCUUCACCAUGGACUGUUUGGACAUCUCUACACAUCCACACUCACCACAUGGGAAAAGAGACGGAGCGGAAGAGAGACAGAAUAAUACAACAGCAACAACACAUACUAAACACGUCUCGCGCUACGGACUGGCGUGUGGUGGAAGGAAAGAAAGCAGAGGCUCCGGGUCAGAGCUCGAAAUAACCGCAGAGCAGAAAGAUCACGCAGCUCUUUUUUUAAAUUUUUCUUACAGCAUCGUUCCCUUAAUUUCAGUAACAUUAACAGUUUUUGGCCGUAGGGUAUAAUGUCACGGAGAGGACUGUUGUGAAUUUUGUGUCUUGGAACUUUUUUAACAACGCAAACGGCAGCAUUUCAUUUAUUAUUAUUAUUAUUAUUAUUAUUAUUAUUAUUAUUAUUAUUAGUAUAUAUUUUUUUCAAAUCAAAUCCCUGUGGCGUAAACUCAAGCAACACAACGACCGCGUGAGGAGCGCCUGCUUCGAGCUCUGCCUCUCCUUCCUGCCGCAGAUCAACAAAAACACAAAAUAAAAUAGAAGAUUUUAAAAACCAGGGUUAAGAUCGCUUUUACAGCUGAUCCACUCCUAAACUACACCCCUCCCCCUCCUCCUACUAUUACUACCAAAUAGAUGUCGUCUUUUCUACAAAUUGUUUUGGUUGUUGCUAUACAGUUUGUUUUUGAAUUUGAUCUUGAACUAAAUUGCCUUUGAUUCUUGUGGUAUUGUUAUUAUCGUUUUAUUGCUGUUUCAUUUUUCAACCCCUUUCCCUGCUUUGCAGAUUUAGUUAUUUUUUUACAUUUUAUCUUCUAUUUUUUUCUUACUGCUGCUCUAUAAAGAUAUUGUGUGGGGUUUGUGCCUGCGAUCAAAACCAGGGUUCAGAUUCACAUAGCAUCAGUAGUGAUGGAUGUCUAUUAUUAUUAUUAUUAUUAUUAUUAUCUGGCUUUGAAAGAAUGUAGUGGCUCAAGUUUAAGCUUUUUUUUUUCUAUGAUACAAUAAAAAAAAUAAACUUACGUACAAACAAAUAUUGUGAAAUACAUUUGUUUUGUCCAAAAAAAAAAAAAUGUUUUAAAUCGUUCUGUUUGAUAAGCUGCCGAAUAAAUACUAUGCAGCUUUUAUAUAACAAAUCCUUUAUUACUGACCUCAGUUAAAGGGGUUUAGAGUUUGGGAGGGGGAGACACAGAGAGAGGCUUCCUUAUUUACACUUUGACAAACGGAAAGGUGUUCCUGAAUCACUGGAUGUCGAACCUGGCUUUGAACACUGAAGGAUUGCUAUUCUACGCGGUCCUGCUGCACCGAGGAAACUGGGGGGGACUUGAUCAAUAACCUUGCAGCUAGCUUCAAGGGUAACAGGACACCAUGCAACAAACGCUUAGCCAAGCCCUCCCUCCCUCCCUCCCUCCCCUGCCAAACUGCAAAACCUCUGCUUGCUUGCAAAUAGUUUUCAAUAUGCUUUAAAACGAACUAACCCUGGGCGUUUUGAUUCGGAAGCACAAUCGUGUUUUGAGCAGCUUUUUUGUUUGUUUUUUCGUUUUGGUUUGCCCCCCUCCCCCAGGAACCCUAUUCUGUAUAUAGAAGCAGCUGUGUACAUGGUCCCUCAUCCCUACAGCCAGAUAUACCUCACUGUUCAGCCCUCUUUAAACCAAUAGAACGCUUUUUUUUUUUUUAGUACCUGCACUCUACCUCCCAGAAUCACUCGCUCGCUCACUCUCACUUUUUUCUCCAUUCUUUAAGUACCCUGGGCUGGCUGCAGCAAGGGAUAUGAUAUGCAGUGGAGGUCAGGAAACUUCCUACCAUGUGGCUCAACAAUGUUCCGCAACAAAUAGCAAGCGGUGAAGCAGCUAGAGCCACCGUGGCCGACACAGGCGCAGCUUCACAGGACUGGACACCCCUGCUUCUGUUCUCUGAAACGGGGGCUUCAGGAAUUCUGCGCUACGUUAGUCCUCUUUAAAAAUGUAACCCUGUAAAGCCGACUCUGCUUGGCUUUUGGAUAAAAUGGUGAGAGGUACAGUCAGUGGUGAGGUUUUUAGUGGUGCUUCAACGAUUAAAUCCAGAAUUAAAAUUUGGGUUUAUUUGAUUCCAGGAAAGGUGUAACUUUCUUCUCCUGAACCCAGUUGACAGUGUCCCCUUGAUUCCUGUUUCCUUUCUUUCUCUGCACGUCUUUGUACAUGCAAGUCAGACCCCAGGGGUUCAGCUGCUGAUUUGUGAAUCUCUUUUUAUUUUUUUUUAUUUUUUCUUUAUGCAUUGCUUUGACUCACUGGCAGUCACUUGCAGAAACCGAAGCAAACAUUCCCCGCUAAUGGUAAACAGGCCUGGGGGUAAAAACAAAUAGCUCCAUGAUUUAUUUCUUUUUGUUGUCGUUCGCUGCAAACGCAGAGCAGCUGUGUUGUUCAGUACAAGGGAGGGUUUGAGAGUUUAGAACAAGCUGGAAUAUAUUCAACCUACAACUCAACACUGCAGGCCUGUGUAGAGAAGAACGUAACGCCACUCAAAACUGAACACCAAGGAUGCAGAUUUUGACCAAGCUAUCGCGGGGGGAGGGGACCCCCCCCCCCCCCCAACCUCCUGCCCCCCCACCACCUCCUGCCCCCCCCCCCCCCCUGGAUUGCAUCAACCACCUGUCUGUGGUUAUCCUAUGGUUACCCCAAUAGGUGGCUGAAGCAAUUCAGCAGGCAAAAGUGCUCCAAUAAAAUCCAGCUGUCAAAUCCCAUAUUGAAAGAGGUACUAUGACAAGCCUGCAGCAGUCCAUGGUUUGUUUGAGCAAGGCAGGAGAUGUACAAAGCUCUGGGCUCUCUGUAUUAUAAGGAUGAAUCUGGAGGACGCUCUGAUCUAAAACACUGGUGAAGAGAGUGGAUUUUUUUUUUUUUUUUUUAAUCAUUUCUCAAAAGGUUUUAAGCUUGAAUGUUUGAUUUCCUGUAUUUUACGACAAGGGGAAAUACACCUUCCAAUGAGACCAAAUUAGAAGAAACAUCUUAAGAUUGAAGAUUGCUUUAACAUGUAUUUAAACUUCUUAUCUUUUCAUUGUUUUGUUACAUACUUUUAAGAAAGGGGGCAUGUCAAUUCUGAGUGUUUCUGUGCCUGACUUCUGCAAAACAGAAACACAAGUCUGAAUGUGUUGUGUUUUUAGAGAGAGAGUUAUAUUUCAGUAGAAAGUGGUUUGGGUGAAGUCUUCCUUUUUUUUUUGUUUUAGUUUUUUUCAAAAAAAUUUUUUUGCUUAGUUACUCAAUUUUUUCUUCAGUUUUUUUUUACGUAGGUUAUAGCAAUAUUACGAAAGUUUAAAAAAAAAAGUUAUUUUGCUAACUUUGGGGCUUGUUUUUUUCUGUUCCAGAGGUCACCAUGCUCAUGUUUUCUCACAGUGAUUUUAGAAGAUGUAUUGAUCAGACAGUAUCCCUUUUGGAGGCUGCAGAGAACUGGUUCCAGGUCAGAUCGCAGGGUUCCAGACUCUUGGGUGUUUUAUGGAACCCUCUUUUUGUUUCUGGAAGAACCCAUGGUUACAGGCGGAACUGGCAAAAGCAAUGAAUUCAAUGAGAAACGUUUCCACUGGAAGUCUUUCUCAGGGUCUUCAGUUAGUUUGUCAUUGGGUUCAUGAAGUUUCUUUUCAUAUUCUAAAUGUAGCUUAGUUGUAAUAGUUAUGGGUGGGACUAAAUUAAGCCAAACAGUGUUUUUGUUGCUGUUUUUAAUUGAAGCCGUCAGUGCUUGUGUUCUGUCAAGUUUAUCUUGCUGCGAUUUAUUCGGUUCAGGGACUGUAUUCAUAAAAUUAAGGAAUGUUGUGUUUUUUCUUUAAAAAAAUGUAAUUAACUAAAUCAAAUUUGCAGUUCAUGAAACUUUUUCUCUUCCUGUUUGAUAGAGGGUGAGAAAGUAGUGAAGCACUGUUUAUCCCCUUCUGUUUUUAUUUAUUUCAUUUUUAGAAUUUUUUUAAAACAGUUUGUGUGAACUCUAAGGAGUUUGAAAAGUUGCCUUGCCAAAAUUAAAAAAAAACAAAAAAAAACAAAACAAAAACAAACAUGCAUUAUAAAAUAGAUUCAUAGAUAGGAAACUUGACAGAGUAUAAUAUUCUACACGCAGUUACUGAAGGGGUUAUUCUAAGAGAGGCAGUGUGGUCCAGUGGUUAAAGAAAAGGGCUUGUAACCAGGAGGUCACACACCCUAGUCUCUGUAAGUCGCCUUGGAUAAAGGUGUCUGCUAAAUAAACAAAUAAUAAUAAAGAGAGAGUGUUUUAAAUAACAGUCCUUAAAAAAACUAUUCCUUAUAACAGUCCUUAGAUUUUCAUGAAUAUGGUCCCUCGAGUAGCCGUGUGGCCAGCCAGAGCCCAGACUCCUUUAACAUGAUCACAGAACCCUUGUCAUGUUCAGCAAGCAGGACUCCAAGCACUUACACUGAUGGUUUUAAUUAUCAUAUAAACAGUUGCUGAAAUAAAUCUGGAUUCUAGGAAAGGAUUUUGUGAAUCCCUUCGUUUGAUUUUAGUGCUGCACGAUUCUAAAAGACAUCAUUAUAUUUUGUAUGGAAGCGAUUGGGCUUUUUUGACAAGAUGAUCGAUUGAUGGGCGAGGCUGUAACAGGUUUACAUGGGCUUUUUAAACGCCUCCUUAGCAAAAGGAAUACUGUGUGUUUAUUAUUUAACAUUCAUCCAAAUCUUUACUGCCUGUACCAAAAAAAAAAAUGUAAAAUAUUAAUAGUUUAAAAAAAAGACAGCACACACAUUUACAAACACGGACUAGAAACAAAAGUACUCGCUUUUAGGUUUUACUAAUAUUUUUUUUAUAUAUAUAUAAAUAUAAAUAUAUCUGUUAUGUCUUGUUGGUUGUGAUGUUUUGAAUUUUAGAGAUGUCUUGUUCAUUGUAAAAAUAAUAAUAAAAAAUAAAAAAUGUGUAAAACAAAAUAAAAAAAAAAAGUCAUUUGGGGCAAAGAAAUUGAUAAUAAAAAUAAAAGUCCAAAGGUUGUUGGUACACUU